AUGGCGGCGAAUUUAUUGGAAGACAGUUUGCGAUCGCUGCAUGAUCUUUAUCGAGACUCCGGCGGCAGAGCCAAAGAACAGAUUGACACUGUUGUUGGCGAUGUCAUACAAAUAUGCUUGAACGAAUUAUCCGAAAAGGACGUCGACUACUGUUGCUCUGUGCUAUUUGACAAGGAAAUUGGAGUGGUCAAGUUUUUGCAGAAAAUUAUCACUGCUGAAGAGUUCCAGGGAUGCAAGGCACAACUGCUAGACUUGCUGGCAGGCUUCACAGAGAAGGUUGGGAAGAAGAUCCUUGAUUAUGCCGUGGAUAUCAAAGAAAUCAGUUUCUCAUUGUUUAUGAGAGAUAGGUUUGCUAAAGUUAAGAAUGCAGCAAUUCCUGUGCUUAUUAAGCUCCUUGAGGUGAGUGCAGGGUCAGCGAUGGGGGACCAGCUGAAGGUCAGCAAGCUCACGGAGAAGCUCUUCCUGGAACUGACCAAGAGCUCCAGUAAACUACAGGCAUCAGUGAAGGCCAAUGUAUACCAGCUCCUGGGAGUGAUAUCCGAGGUGUACCCGGAACUGAUGGCGAACUACUCGGAGAGAUUGGUUGGACUGUAUGUGAAUGCCCUGAAGGCUGAGAUGGAGUCGAAGACCCGCAAACCAGAAUUAACAGUUAUAGCUGGGUGUUUGGAGGGACUGACAGCCUAUCUUGUUAACUUCACACAGUCGGCUGAGGAAGGCUCAAAAAACAGCUAUGCAAUCUUCAAAUAUGCCCGGAUGGCAAUUGACCCAGGGAUCAGCUUUUCCAGAUACGAUGUACCCCGAGGUGGCCUCCGACUGUUUGGCAAACACUGUGGCCAGUUCAACCAGUUCAUCAUGGAUGACUACCAGGGAAUGUAUGAGAAGUUCCUCAGCUGGAACCGGCAUCACAAUCGCGAGUUGGCACAUCUCGGCAUGAUGGCCAUGGAAUCUUUCCUCAAACAGGUUGCAGAGAUGUUGGUUGUCCGUGCCCAGGAGGGGAAGAAAGAAGGAGCUGUUUUCAAGUUUUUCAUCCAACAGUUCCGUAACAUCAUGAAUGAUAACAUGUCUGGCUCCAAGGAAGUGUCCCUGGCAAUCAGGGGAUAUGGCUUGUUGGCAGCGCCAUGUCGGUCGUUCCUGUCUCCGUCUGAUGUCCAGUUCAUGUUCAGCGAGAUGAUCAGCAAGUGUGAACAACAGUUCUUGGGGCAAGUUGAAGAUCUGGAGGACAGGAUUAUCUCCCUUCCCAGCUACCUGGAGGCGCUGGCAUACAUUGUGAAGGAGGUGGAUCAGGUGUCGGACACCUACGCUGCCACCUUGGAACACUUGCUGGUCUUACUGCUGGAGAACUUCCCCCAGGUCCAUGCUAAGCUCCGCUUCAUCUGCCAGAAGGCCAUGCUGCAGGUUUUGCUGGCUCUCAUGGCUAAAGGAACAACGUUCCAGCAGGUCCUCUCAGGCAUGGUGUAUCAGGGCCUGAUUCGUACCUGCUCCCACCCAGUCAGUCUGGACACGGAGCAGACGGAGGAGCAGACGGCAGAUGUCGUGGAGAAGAAAGUGUCAUACAAGGACUUCAUUGAGCUGUGGCAGACGCUGCUGAACAGUGCCAGAAUCAAGUCGUUUGCCAGUGAGGACAUCAGCAUUGCCGACCGCCACCGGCUGACCGAGGCCAUGUAUGAGGAACUGAUGACCUCCACAAUCAAGAUCCUCAAUAAACUGGACCUCUCAUCAGCAGCCGAGAAGGGAGAAGAGUCAGUACCAGAAGAUGGAGUAGAGACAUCAGCAGACCCAACAUCCGGAGUCCAGGCCAACCGACCCCGAGACUUCCAGGUCCUCAUCAACCUGGUUGACUUCUGCAGGGACCUGCUGCCUGUGUGCCACUACGAGCUGUUUGAAAGAUGGCUGUUCACCUUCUGUCACUCCGUCAUACUGCUCUCCACACAGAAUCCUCUUGUGUCCGGCUUCUACAAGAUGCUGGCUGUUGCAAUGAAGAUAGGGAACAAGCUCGACUAUUUCAAGAAUGUGGCCCCUGUGAGUCCAGUCAAGUCCGCUGAUGCCAUGGACGUUGAUGAUGCCCCCGGGGAGGGACCCCAGCAGAAACUUGUCAGCUACCAGCUCAUGAAGAAGUUCUCAAAAGAGGUGCUGGUGAGGAUGAAGCAGUACCGUGAUGACCUCCUGGCUGCCUGCCUGACCCUGGUCCUUGCCCUGCCCAAGGAGAUCAUAGCCGAACAGAUGACAGAGAUUGUCCCAGCCAUUCAAGUGACUUUGACCCUGGGUCUGAGUUAUCUCCCCUUGGCAGCUAUUGGCCUUGACGCCCUUGAGUACUGGAGCUCUCACCUUCCAGAGCGGAUUCUACACCCUCACUAUAAGGACAUCCUGCCUUUUCUGGACAACUAUAUCAGAACUGUAGACAAAGGUGCUGAAGAGGUGAAUGUGGACAGCACAGUAACAGUGAAGUCCUCAAAGUCAAAGAGAGGUCGGAAAAAGGUCACCGUGAGGAAGGUGAAGGACAAGAAGAUGGCGAGUGAUAAGGGCUAUGAGUCACAGCUGGCCGUAGUGAAACAGAGAGUCAUGCACUACCUGGGAUCUCUCGGCGGGGGCAUCAACCAUGCUCUGCUGUCUCGCGCUGACGAGGAGAUCAGCAAGCAGGCCAUUGCCUGGGACACAAAACAGCACCUCAAGUUUGACAUGCCCUUCAUUGAUAUGAAACCAACUAUAUACUUUGACCAGUUCCUGCCUCACGUGGUGGAGCUGGCCACCAAGUCCGGUGACCGGCAGACCAAGGUGGCUGCAUGCGAGCUGCUCCACUCCCUGGUGCUGUACACCCUGGGGCGGGGGGCCACCCUCCCGGGGGACAAGCAGAAGAAGAUGCCCAUGGACCGGCUGUACAAGAAGCUGUUCCCCACCAUCCUGCAGCUGGCCUGUGACGUGGAGCUGGUGGCCAGACAGCUGUUUGAACCUCUGACCAUGCAGCUCAUCCACUGGUUCACCAACAACAAGAUGUCAGAGAGUGUGGAGACCAUGGCGCUGCUGGACACCAUCUAUGAUGGCAUCAUUCAGGCGACGGACACAGGGCUCCGAGACUUCAGUGCCCGGUGUCUGCGCGAGUUCCUGAAGUGGUCCAUCAAACAAACCAGCAAGAAGACCAUGGAGAAGAGCGCUGUAAACGCCAAGUCAGUGUUGAAACGUAUGUUCAGUUUUGCCGUCCAUCCAAGUGCCUUUAAGAGACUCGGAGCUGCACUCGCCUUCAAUAACUUCUAUGCAGUGUUUAGAGAGGAGGAUGCCUUGGUGGACAGGUUUACCUUCCAGAUCCUGGUGCACUUCGUGGAGAGUCUCAGUAUUGCCCACUCAGACCAGAAGUCUCUUGGUACAAGGGAACAAUGCACUAAAGCUUUGGAACAUCUGGAGAAGAUCAUCAAAGGUCGUGCUGACAUGCUGAAGAAAGAGAGCAAACUAAGAGAAGAACCAAGAGAAUGGAGCAAGAAGACUCUGGACAUUGCUGUGCGCUGGUUGACCAGGCAGUGUGGACGUCCGCAGACAGACUGCCGACACUCCUGCAUGAAGCUUGUGGUCAGUCUGGCACCACUGAUUCCAGGUAUCAAGGCUGCCAGGACAUAUUUCCAGACCUUUCUCAAGUCCAAGGAAGGGCCGCUCUAUUUCCUGUCCAGGUUUGAGGGAGGCAAUCAGGCGGAGUAUGGCAAGAUGGGGCUGUCGAGCUGCCCCCGGAUGGAGGACAUUGCGGACACAUUCUCUCUCACAGCGGCUGUCAGCUGGUUCGACAUGCUGCUGGCUGCACUGGACUGCUACACCUGGGUGUUCGGCCAGGGCUUCCUCACUCCUGAAGAGUUGUUUGGAGGCAAGUCCCGGGGUCAAGUUUUCUCAAGUAUCCAGUACUUCUGUGAGAAGCUGGCCCUGGUGGACAUCCAGGGUGCCUCACAACUGUUCACACAUCAGUCGACAGCCGACUUCUUCACCCCCCGGGAAACAGACGACUACAACAGGGCAAAGUGUACAGUGAUGGUCCGAGUGUUGAACUUGCUGAUGGUCAUGUAUGGAUCCCAUGCCAAGGUUGCUGCUAAGGUAAUCCCUGAGUCAGUGCUGAACCAGUCUCUGUGGGAGCUGCUGUGUAGAUGUGUGGUACAACCCAGCUCUGUUGGCUUCAAUAUGGGAGAUAUUGAAAUCAUGGAGAAACUCCCAAAAGAGAUGGAGCAGCUUCUUGUAGUAUUCAAGCAAUUCCUCCCUCCCAGCCACCUGAAACAACUCAACCUAACACUCAAGGAACAGCUCAAGGGAGACAGAGACGUGGUGGGGUUGUUGCCACUGUCGUUCACCGACGCUGGUGUUGACCACACGGGUGUCCAGCAGUUGGUGGCUGGGUACACGCAGCUGCACAAACACGGCCUGCUGAUGGAGGCAAUCAAACACGGUGGAGAUGCCAGCAAGCUGGCCAAGAAGGUCAUGCAAAAUGUGUACGAGGGAGUCAUACAGAAGACAGGCAGCCAUAACUCAUCUGUCAACCUGACACCGACAGCCGUCUCCCUGGCUAGAUCUCUCCUUCACCUGGCCUUCCAGCUGGGUUUGCCGGAUGACAGUCUGGUAGAUUCUCUUCUGGAAAGCAAGUUUGUUCUGGGACUUAGCCAAGGUUUGGAGCAGAGUCACGGGGACCUGUUCUUCACGAUGUUCAAAUCCCCCAUCAGUGCCCACCUAGCUGAGAGAUCGGACCAGAUACUGGUUCUCCUGGCCAAGCAAGCGGCAAACGAUCCUCGCCGAGUGAGCAGUCUGCUGGUCAGCAUGGUGGAUCAUGUGGUCAAGGACAGGGCACUCCGCAAAAAGGAGGGUGAGCGGGUGCUGUCUGCCAUCCUGAUGCAGUGGGAGUUUUUCCGGUCAUGGGUGUUCAACAAGGCCACAGCUGACCAACAGGAGUUGGUCAUCCUGCUUCUGACCAAGAUGCUGCAGGUGGACAGUAAGCUGGCCUCCGAUACAUCACACCCUGCGUACACCACCUUGUUUGAGAUGUACCAGACAAUGUUGACAGACAGCAGGACUAAUCUGGCCUUUAAGAAUCGUGUGUUGGACCUGCUUCCGUUCUUCUCUGUUGUUGGUGAACCCCACAUAUCUAACCUAAAGCGCAGCCUGGAUAGAUUUGUGGCUGACCAUUUCCCACUGAAGAGUGCCGAGUUUGUAAAGGGAAGUCCAAAAUACAAUGACUACAUUGCAUCCAUAGACAAGCUCCUUGCUGGCCUGGAGCUGUCUGGGAGUCCAGUGCUGCUGGAGUUGAUAAUCAGCAUCUUCUGUCGUGAGAGUCGCCAUGCACACGAGGAGGAGAUACAGGCCACGCUUAUCAGGUUCAUCAAACGGUUACCAGCAGACAAGCAGAAGGUGGUCCUGGAUGUGCCACUCAGGAUCUUCCAGAAGGAAGGAAGUUUCCCCAAUGAGAUACGCCGUGCUACAAUCGAGCGUGUUUGUCUGCCGAUGCUCCGGCUGUGCCAGAAGACUGCCUUUAUCGAGUUCUACCUGGAUCACAUUGGAGAGAUCAUGAAGGUGGUCGAGACAAAGUUGAUCAAGGCCGUGGCGGAGAUGGAGACGCAGCUGACCAGCAAGCAGUGCUGCUUCCAGCUGCUGGAGCUCCUGUACUCACGCAUGUCCAAGGAUGAGAUCAACACCAAGAACUCCACCAUCAAUGACAAGUUCUGCUCUGGCAAUGCCACAACAGGCAAAGAGCUGACACAGAAGAUUAUCAAAACUUCCCAGGAAGCCAAGAGUGAAGAUGUCCGAGGUGAGACCACGUUGGUGGAACAGCGUCGCCUGUAUCACUGUGCAGCAUACAACCUGCUCAUAGCCGUCAUCUCCUGCACACAGUCCGAUGUCAAGUUCUUCAAGGGAUUCCUCUUCAAUGAUGAUGAAGCAAAGGGUCAGUUCCUGCUGGACAACAUCGUCGACAAGGAAAGGACAUAUGAGUUCACCGUGGAGCUGCAGAACCCACUUGAAAGGAAGAAAAAGUUUGUGUCCAUCCGUAAUGAAGUGAAGGAGAAGCGGGCUGAUGAGGAAGACGACACAAGCAUCACAUACGGCUCCUCAUACCACCUGGCAUCUCAGUAUCUGGCCGACAGCAGCCUCAGUGAGGAUGUCAGCCAGUACGAUUUCUCCAUGUCAGGCUCCGCACAGAGCGUGACUGGAGAUAGGUCAAGGGGCAGAGGUCAGUUCAAGAGGAAGGCCAGCUACACUGCUGUCAAGGAGGAGGAGGGGAAUGUGACUGUCGAGGAUGACUAUGUGGAGCUGGAGAUGGAUGAACUGAACCAGCACGAGUGUAUGGCGUCUGUCAUUGCCCUGCUGAGACACAUGCAGAGGGAAGAGAUCACACCAGCAGUAGCUCAGGGUACUUUGCCCAAGGAGAUGCCCUCAUGGAUGAUAUACCUCCACAACAAGAUGAUGAAGGCCACAGUGCACAAAAACAUCAAACUCUUCAUAGCCAAACUUAUCAUCAACACAGCAGAUCUAUUCCAGCCCUAUGCCAAGUUCUGGCUGCGGCCCCUGUGCCAGUUUCUCUUCACUGACACAGUCACGUCUGGGGGCACCAACUACUUCAUUGUGGACCUGGUUGUCACCAUGAUGUCCUGGCACACCACUGCAAUACCUCAGGAUUCUGCCGAGGAGAAAGCUAUGGCCUCUCGCCUUGUGGAGUUCCUCACUGCCAACAUCCACCAUGACACAAGGUUUGUGUUCCGGAACAACCUGGACCUGCUGAAGACCCUGCUGGAGUGCUGGAAGACCAGAGUAGACAUUCCCUAUCAUGUUAUAUACAAGCAGCUGAAGACGUCUGACCCAAAGUCCAAGGACAGCCUGACUGGCAUACAGGUGCUUGGAGUGAUCAUUGCCUGUCAGUUCUCACCAUACGGUCCAUCGGCUCCUGUAGAUAGAGAAAAAUAUUUUAGUGCAGUUGUGAAUGCCAUGGGCAACCAUUACAAGGCGACGUAUGCCCCUGCGGCAGAGGUUGUGGGGAUGAUCUUCAAGUACCUGGCUGAGAAGGAGAGACAGACUGAGGGCUCCUUCCAUGACCAUGUUGUUACCUAUAUGUCCUCCAUACAACAGAGCAAGCCGGACAACUUCAUUGUGUGUGUCCACCACAUGCAGAGGCACUACCCCGCCAUUGCUACCAGAUUCCUGAACCGACUGCUGUUUAUGCUGCCAAGUCUGCAUGGAGAGUUCCGCACCCAGUGUCUGGAAGUGAUACACAGUGGGAUCGACCAGGUUGAGAAUGUCUUCCUCGAGCUCCAUAGCAAAGGCCUUCUCAAAUUCCUGACACACAGGGAUGAGGACACCCAACAGAUGUCUCUGAGGAUUGUCAAGUCAAUCGCAGCCAAGCUGAAGCCCGAGGAACUGUCCAAGCUGAUGUCUGCUGUGUGUAGCAUCAGCCAGCACCCCAGCACCUCCUGCCGUAACACCAUGUACGAGAUACUCAUGUGGAUAUACGACAACUACAGGGACGAUGAGUCGGAGGAAGGUCACCAGAUCAUGCAGCAGACGAAGGAGACUCUGCUCCUGGGACUGGGAGAUGAGGACCUCCACUGCAGAUUGCUGGUGCAGAACUUCUGGAGCAGUGAGACCCGUCUGCCCACAGGAACCCUGGACCGUAUGGUGGCCAUGUUGGAGGCCAUGUACUCCCCCAGCACAGAGCAGCAGUAUCUCAGCUACGCCACCAACCUCCUGCUGGAGAUGACCUCCAAGAGCCCCGACUACCAGAGGGAGAUAUUUGAACAUGCUCUGUCAGAGUGCAAGUUUCAGGACUACUCCAUCCACUCCUCCUGGAGACAGCGCCAUGCCGUCAUGACGCCGCUGUUCGCCAGCACCCAGGCUACACAGACAAUGGAUACCACUAUGAUGGAGGACAGUCUGGAUGGAGGGGUCCGAGCAACUGUGGAUGCAGCUCAGUUCACACAAACACAGGAAGCAGGGUCUCGGGCUCCCUUCAACUGGCUGACCCAGAGCAGCCUGGACUCCUUCUCUGAUGCCUUCACCCUGGGGGGAGAGACCCAGACUCAGAGUUCUCUCCUCUUCUCUGUGGGUGGGGGCGACAGUCGGACAAAGUCACGAAGACCAAGACCCAAGGGCCCAGGGCCAGGGUUUGGCCAGAGACCAGGUCCUUCUCAAGCAACAGCAGGGGCAGAUGUAAAGAAAGAAAAUCCAGGGUCUAGUCAGCAGAGUGACAUUCUGAGACUGAAGCGUCGAUUCCUGAAAGACCAGGAAGCAUCCAGGCUGUAUUUUGUGAAGAAAGCAUCAAGGAUGAACAAAAUGAGAGAGACGGCCCGCCUAGAACAACAGAAGCGGCGUGAGAACCAAGUGACGAUGUACCGCAAGUAUCGUAUUGGAGACCUGCCGGACAUCCAGAUCAAGUACUCCUAUAUCAUAGCACCACUACAGGCAGUUGCCCAUCGAGACAGUACAGUGGCCAAGUUACUAUUCUCUUCACUCUUCAAAGCUAUAUUUGCCAAGAUGGACACCGUGAAGACAGAACGAGAGAUUGAGGAAAUGAAUGAGCAAAUCAACAAAAGUCUCGACUCCAUCUUUUCUCUGUCCAGCCAGUACUUCCCUCCAUUUCUCUCCUGCAUCAUGGACAUCCUGUACGACCUGAGGACCACGCUGAAGGUGGAGCCGGCCAACCUCGGAGUGUGUGCUGUCAUCAGCAACCUGCAGCCCCUAGGGCUGACUGUGAUGGAGGAGCAGUUGAUCCAGUGCAACACGGAGGAAGCCCGUCCCAGUAAGCACGGCAAGAUGGAGGCCACGACAGUCUCCCUCGACACCAGUCUGUGGAUAGAGAUGGCCAGAUUGUACAAGUCAGUGGAUGAGUAUGACGUUCUUCAGGGCAUCUUCAGCGGGAAGAUCAAGACCAAGCCCAUCACCCGCGAGGCUCUGGAGGCCGAGGCUAGAGGGGACUACCAGGGAGCCAGGAAACUCUACGAGGAGGCGUUGUCGUGUGAUGACUGGGAAGGAGGGGAACCCACAGAUGCGGAGGUGGAUCUGUGGGAUGAUGCUAGGAUGGAGUGUUUGGACCAUUUGACACAGUGGGAAGCUCUGCAAGAAGUCUGCAACAACGGCAUUGACAGCACUGGAUCUGGAACACUCAACAAUGUUUGGGACGACUCAUUUGCUCAGGAACACUACCUGCCCUACCUCCUGCGUAGCAAGCUGAAGCUGAUGCUGCAGGGAAAUGAGAAGCAGCAGUCUCUGCUCACAUUCAUUGAUGAUGCCAUGAAGGACGUGGAGCGGAAAGUACUUUUGGAGAGUCGCUACUGCUUUGAGUUGGCGCUGAUGUACCUGUGGCAGGAGGAUUACGACAGAGCCAGACAUUACUCCACCAUGGCGUCACAGAAGUUCCUGCAGGACUGGAGCAGCACGGACACUCUGAUGGCCUCCAGUCGGACGUGUCAGCUCCAGAGACUGCAGCCCCUCAUGGAGUUGCAAGAGUUCCUCGCAUUCCGCAGCACGGAGAGCAACUUCUCAUCGACUGGUCCCGCCCAGCGCCUGGCCCAGCAGUGGGAGAGACGUUCCCCUCAUCUCCUACUUGACACCACGGACACCUGGGAUGAUAUCGUCACUAACAGGAAUGUCUUCCUUGACUUGAUCUGUAACCGCCUGUCGCAGCAGACGAUGAAGAACGAUUCCAUGGAGGAGAUGGUAGAGGAGGACAUGUUUGAGGAUACCAAACUGAGGCUGAAGCUGGCAAUGGCUGAGAGUGCUCGGGAUCAAAACAACUUUACCCUGACUCUCCGGAUACUGAGGGAAACUCACGGGCGGUGUAAGCGUGGUGGUGACGAGAGACUGUUGGUGGAGUGGAGUCAACUGUACGCCAGCACACACCACAGGAAGGCCACCAGCUCUCUCGAUCAGUGGACAGAUGACACCUUCAACAAUGUACUCACCACUCUCGACCAACUAGGGAAGUAUUCCGGCAGUGGUGUCCUGACUGAGCGGUCCGACCUGGGGCGCCGCCACUGUGUGUUGACUGGCCAGGCCUUCCAGAUGCUGGGGGAGGGACUCAGUUCCCUGGGGGACAUGAAGGACCUCAGUCAGAAGACCAGUGAUAAACUCUUGGAAUACUGUGGAGGGAAGAAAGUUUCUCUUGAAGAGAUGAAGAACAAGCUGGUAGAGCGAGGCUACCGUGAGAUGAAGUCAUCUGUGAGUGCAGACAAUGAAAGGGAGGUCCGCCAGUCCAAGUACGGAUGUGAUGAGGCGUAUCUGGCCGUGGCUAAAUACUGUGAUAAAGUAUUGAGGGACCUGGAAGAUGAGGAGGCUGAUCUGUCCCCGGCAGUAGCGAAGACGUUCCCGGACACAGUGGUGGUCUGCAUGCUGAAGGCGAUGAAGCUGGGUUCCGUGGAGGCCAGGGAGAGAUUCCCUCGUCUCAUGCAGCUGGUGGAGUACUACCCAGAAACCAUGGCAACAUUCAGGGAGAAGAGUCGGGAGGUGCCCAACUGGAUGUUCAUGUUGUGGCUGGCCCAGAUGAUGGCGCUCCUGGACAAGAAGGAGGCCCCAGCUGUGCAGCCCAUCGUCGUCAGCCUUGCCACGGACUAUCCACAGGCUGUGAUCUAUCCCUUCAGGAUCAGUUGUGAAGGGUUUGUGUUUGGGAAGACGCCCCAGGACACCAAGAACAAACAAGCAGUUGAAGAGAUUUCCUCCCUUCUGACUGAAGACAGAGUGCCACUGGUGUCCAAGUUCAUCAGUGCUCUCAACCAGUUCGGACAACCAGAAAUGCUUUUUAAGGACUGGGCGACAGACAUGAGCAAGCUGCUUCAUUCCAGCAAGAAGACGAAGGAAAAGAUCCUGGAGAUGUACCAGGAAAUGUAUGAAGGUCUGAUUGAACACAAGACCAUAGCGUCAUCACUGGAACCCUCUGGAACACAGCUGUCUAUACUGACCGGCACAGGAUCGGUCGGUUUCGGGGAGUACCGCAAGAAGUUUGCUGAUAAAUUCAAGAAAGAAAUGGACACUCACUUUGGGAAGGAAGGAAGCAAACUGGUUAGCAUGAGCUACAAGGAAUUUGGGAAAAUCGUGAAAACAUUUAAUGAUGAGUUUGACAAGUUGAAGGAAGGACGUGGCGCGAUGCUGAACCCCCCGACCACACUGAGGCUGUACUGCCAGUGGAUGUCCGACUUCAACCCCAACAGAGAGAGCCGGGACCUCGAGAUCCCAGGCCAGUAUGACGGACUGUCCAAACCACUGCCAGAAUACCAUGUCAAGGUGGCAGGAUUUGAUGAUCGAGUUCUGGUGAUGUCUUCAAUUCGUAAACCAAAGAGGAUCACGAUCCGAGGUAACGAUGAGAAGGACUAUCAUUACCUGGUGAAGGGAGGGGAAGAUCUCCGCCAGGACCAGAGAAUAGAGCAGCUGUUUGUUAUCAUGAACAAAGUGAUGGCCAAGGACCCGGCAUGUAGACAGCGCAAACUGAAGCUCAAGACCUACCAGGUCAUUCCCAUGACACCAAGAGUGGGUCUCAUCGAGUGGAUGAACAACACCUGCCCUCUGAAGGAUUUCUUGCUGGAUGCUCUCACUGAUGAGGAGAAGAAGUUUAUUAACUCUGAUCAGGGGCCAAGUAAAGUACACCAGCGCUGGACAGGUAAGUUUUUUGAUCCCAAGAAGGGCGUGGCUGCGAUGUACUCUCAGGUGUACAUGAAGUACAACAAGACGGAGACGGAGCGAGAGUUUCGACUGAAGGAAAGCAAAGUCCCCUGGGGUCUCUCCAGACGUGCAUUCCAUCAGAUGAGCACAUCACCUGAAGCCUUCCAUGUCCUGAGAUGUGGACUGGCGACGUCCCAUGCCGUCAUCAGCAUCUGUCAGUACAUCCUCGGCAUCGGUGACCGGCAUCUCUCCAACUUCAUGGUCAAUCUUAAAACUGGUCACAUGGUGGGGAUUGACUUUGGCCAUGCAUUUGGCUCAGCGACACAGUUCCUGCCAGUGCCUGAGCUGAUGCCGUUUCGACUGACCCGCCAGAUUGUGAACGUCAUGCUGCCGCUGCAGGUGAAGGGUCUGCUGGAGAACACCAUGGUCCACGUCCUCCGCGCCCUCCGCAACGACUACGACCUCCUCCUCAGCACCAUGGACGUCUUCGUCAAGGAGCCAUCAGUGGACUGGAUGCAAUUUGCCGAGAAACAAGUUCAGGCAGGAAUGAAAACGGAAGAUGCUGAUGUGGAUGCAGCUUGGUACCCAAAGCAGAAGAUUCGGUUUGCUCAGCAGAAACUAAGGGGAGACAACCCAUGCUUCAUUACCAGAGAAGAACUGCGACUAGGCCACUCCCGGAACAUCGCCAUCAAGAGUAUGGAGGAGGUCCUCCUUGGCAACAAGAAGGAACAUGUCCGUGCUCAGCUGCCAAGGAUGGGUCUCUCUGUAGAACAGCAGGUGGCUGCCCUCAUAGACCAGGCCACUGACCCUAACCUGCUGGGGAGGGUGUGGGCCGGCUGGGAAGCCUGGAUGUGAUCAGGGUAUUGGCCACCGACCCUGACCUGCUGGGGAGAGUGUGGGCUUGUUGGGAAGCCUGGAUGUGAUCGGGGUAUUGGCCACCGACCCUGACCUGCUAGGGGGUAGUGGGUGGGUUGGGAAGCCUGGAUGUGAUCGGGGUAUUGGCCACCGACCCUGACCUGCUAGGGGGUAGUGGGUGGGUUGGGAAGCCUGGAUAUGAUCGGGGUAUUGGCCACUGACCCUGACCUGCUAGGGGGUAGUGGGUGGGUUGGGAAGCCUGGAUAUCGGGGUAUUGGCCACUGACCCUGACCUGCUAGGGGGUAGUGGGUGGGUUGGGAAGCCUGGAUGUGAUCGGGGUAUUGGCCACUGACCCUAACCUGCUGGGGGGAGUGUGGGCCGGUUGGGAAGCCUGGAUGUGAUCGGGGUAUUGGCCACCGACCCUGACCUGCUAGGGGGUAGUGGGUGGGUUGGGAAGCCUGGAUAUGAUCGGGGUAUUGGCCACUGACCCUGACCUGCUAGGGGGUAGUGGGUGGGUUGGGAAGCCUUGAUAUGAUCAGGGUAUUGGCCACUGACCCUGACCUGCUAGGGGGUAGUGGGUGGGUUGGGAAGCCUGGAUGUGAUCGGGGUAUUGGCCACUGACCCUAACCUGCUGGGGAGAGUGUGGGCCGGUUGGGAAGCCUGGAUGUGAUCGGGGUAUUGACCACUGACCUUAACCUGCUGGGGAGAGUGUGGGCUUGUUGGGAAGCCUGGAUGUGAUCGGGGUAUUGGCCACUGACCCUGACCUGCUAGGGUGUAGUGGGUGGGUUGGGAAGCCUGGAUGUGAUCUGGGUAUUGGCCACUGACCCUAACCUGCUGGGGAGGGUGUUGGCUGGUUGGGAAGCCUGGAUGUGAUUGGGGUAUUGGCCACCAAUCUUCAUUGGGAUGCCUAAGUAUGAUAAGGGAUAUUAUCCAACGACCUUAAUCUGCUGGGGAGGGUGUCGGUGGGGCCUGGGUGUGAUCAAGGACACUGGCCAAUGACCUUUGCUGCUGGGGAGGGCGUGGGUUGGGAUAGGGUGGGAAGCGUGGAUGUGACUGGGGACACCGACCUCCACUGUAUGUCAGGGUAACCAGGGUGUUCAUGACAAGGUGAAGGACACUGGUCUCGUUUCAGAAGUCACCUCCUGAUGAUACUGACCACUUGACAUUCUAACAACUCAGCCAAGUGAAAUCAUCCCUUCAGACAAUCAGGCAGUAGUCAGCUAUUGCAAUCUGUAGAAUAAAGAAAAAUUAGUGUGUGUGUCAUACUAAUUUUAGGAGACAAGUGUCCAAGUGUUUGUAUUUCAGGAGCAAGAGCAAAUAUAAUCUCUUUAUUAUCCACAUUUUAUUAUCAGCUGUUGUAAAGAGGUAGUAUCUUUAUUGCAUGUGGAGAAGAUGACACAGUGAACAUGUCGUAACAAUAUGACUUCAUUGCUAUUAUAACAUUAUGUCAACAGUGGUGUCUGUAUUCUGCCAACUGGGGUAUUCAUUUUGUUGGAAGCUCCUUAGUGUGUCUGAAAUCAUUACACAUGUCCAUCAUAUAGCUUGUUAUUAACUUACUUAUCUUGAACCAUAUAGAUAAGAAAUCCAAUUUAAUCUCUAGACUGAUUUUCUUAUAUAUAGGUCAUGCAUUGCUAGGUCAAGUCAUCCGUAAUAAGCCAGAUCAAUAAAUCUUGAACAUAAAUGUGUAAACUAUUAGUAUGAGUAAUAUGUGCACCAGUAUUUACUGCAUGUAUGCAGGACAUUUUUCUACAAAAGUGUCCAAACAUGUACAAAAUUGUCUUGAAAAUGGUGUUAGAAAUAAGCGUCUGCCUGUAGGCUUGUGGCGAGAUCUUGUGUUGGGCCAGUAGUUUCAAGUUUGUAUAGGUCCUUGUGGCCUGCAGUAAACUUUUGUGUUGAUUUAACUUGUCACAAUAAACUGCAGUUUUUUAAAUGAGGGCCUGAAGAGUCAUGAAUAUCAAUUGAGAAACAUGUUGUGUCUUUAUUUCACAAUGUGAUAUAUAGAUACAAAAUAAGUAUUUGUUUCUCAUAAAAUAUAAUUUAAAAGGGCCUUUUGAUGCUAAAGGAUAUCUUCUUAAUUAACUGUAUUGUAUCAGUUAAUAAACUAUAGAACAAGUAUGGUAUUUUAGACACAUGUUGUGGACUUCCUGUAGUAGCUGUAUCAUCCCAUGCUGAGUGAAGGUUGUAUAAUGUGUGUGACAUCUGUCUAGAAAAGGUAUUGACGUGGUAGACAUUUAAUAGGUGUGACUGUAUCAGGAUGUGUGAAGCUAUUCGAGGAUGGUGAAGUGUAGAUAUGAUUGAUUUAUGUUAUAUGAAUAUAGAAUCAUUUAUACUGGUACUUGCAUUAAAAAUUGUCAGCAAUAUUAUAUAUCGUAUGUGGACUUGAGUGAAUUUCAUUAUCUUUCAUACUUUUUAUUCUUUGUUUGAUUUGUUGAAAAUAAGGAAUAUAUUGUGAAUUAAGUUACGUACAGUUUUUGCAUUUUUUUCCUCCUAACACAAGCAAUGCUUAGUGCAGAGAAAUUGAAAUCAGAUUUUCCACAGCUGAAUUUCUACACUUAUUCAUUCGUUUUAUCAGUUUUGAUAUCCUGACUAUGACAAACACAUGGUAUUUGGGUUUUCCAUUCUAAAUAUAGCAGGAAUUUAUCUGGGAUAGCAUACCAAGUGCAUGGUAUUUUAACAUUGUAUUACACUAUUGCAUUCGAUGCAACCAAGCAAAACUGAGCAGUAAAGUCUCUUCCCUUCGUUAGUCCUACUAUUAGAGAACAUCAGUCAUAACUACAACAUGAAUAUCAGGGACAUUUUGGUAAUAUGGUAAAUAUGUACUGACAUUUGCUGCAGAUUUGGGGACAAAUAUCAGCCUCUGAGCAGGUCCAGACAAAUCUCUGUGGCCAUUGAUUCCCCAUGAUGUAAACAGAUGCUAUAUGACACUGGGAACGGGGCAACUGUGAUACGUGUAUAUUUCCUGCUCUGUGGAUGUUAACUUUGACAUUGUUCUCUGGUACAUCAAAGCCCUUGCCACCUGUGAUCAGGAAAUCACUUGAUUUUGUGAUAUGACAUCCGUUAGAUUUCCAGUUUGAUUUAGAUGUACAUGUAUUUUCUACAGGACAUGUUGUUCAUAUCUUCCUUUGAAGAUCCUAUCAUGUUCUGAGAAAAAGCUUUGUUAGGAAAUUAACCACAAUGAAAAUUAAUGGCCACAUCAGUCAUUAUGCCCUAAUGGUUACAAUGUUAAACUAUCACUGUCUGUCGCCUGCAAUAUGUUGCUCAUGCUAUCAUCCACUUGUUAUUCUGGUCGAGAUGCAGUUAUUUACAGGAUGCCAUGAUAUGGUUGUAAUGACUCCAGGGGGCACGGGUGGCCCAGUCAUCUAAUGCCGCAAUUCGCUGUGCAGAGUUGCGUCCCUUGGGCACGCCAGAAACCUAUGAUUUUGGGUUCGAAUCCCGGUUCGUCCCGAUUAUGUUUCUAG